AUGGCGUCGUGGGUUCCAUGGACAUUACUACUGGCAUUUCUGCCUUCAAGUGCGACCGAGUUGCUCAAAGAUGAAGUGGAACGCCAACGUUUGCGGGUGGAACUCGCUCGAUUGGCCAGAGACUACUUAAAGCUGCUGCUGCUUUGGUCCUUGCGAGUUGCUCAAGUCUUUGCUGGAAUCUCGUUCCUCGUCGUAUCGGCCUCAAUGCUCUACGCCCUUUUCUAUUUUCUUGUUAUUCCGUCCAGAUAUCAUGAACAGGAUGUUUUCUUCAAUUACGGCCCUCGCCACGGAGCAAUCACUCAGCCAUCCGAUUACCCCUUUAUACCAACAGCAUCAUUGGAUCUACGAGAUCCGGUGCACCAAUGGCAGUCAUUGGUGCCGGUGUCUAAGCCGACAACGUCCCCUGUCCUCGUCCCUGGUGUCAAGUAUGACGUCAUUCUGGAGCUAACGGUACCGGAGUCACGUGUAAACGCGGAGGUUGGAGUCUUUAUGGUGUCCACGUCGCUGUGGGAGGCCAAGAACAAGAGGCAGCUAGCAGCUAGCGCUCGACCGGUGAUGCUCCACGACCUGCCGAUGCCUGUGCGCUGGUUAAGACUUGGAUUCUGGCUCGUGCCGUACGCCUUGGGCUUCACAGAGCCGGUUCAGACGCUGCGAGUGACGGCAGUCAAUGGAUACCUGGAACACAUCGAGUACCCUUUGACACGUGUUGAUAUUGAGUUGAACACCCCUAUGUUGCAGGUCUAUUCGGCAAAGCUUACAGUGAUUGCACAGCUGACGGGUGUGCGCUACUUGAUGUACCAUUGGGCAGUCCCAACAGCUAUUCUGUUCAUUCUGAACAUUGUGUUUUUGGAAGCGUUGGUGCUGGUGAUCUUGUACGCGGUGUAUGUUCUCCCAGAACUGGACGAGGAAGCAAGCGCUGAUGUAAUAGCGCUGGAAGCUGCUGCUACUGAUGCGCGUGAUAAGGCGAAGAAGGUGUUUGAGACGGGGACACCAUUGGAUGAUGAGACUAUCCCUCAUGUGAAAAAUGAGACGUUGAUCGGUGAGGCGUCAUUUACGACAACGGGUAUGGCCGAGUCGUCGGCAGCCCUGGAUGACGUUAUUGAAGCGGUUAUUGAGGACGCGAAGGAGGAGGCGAUGGACGUGAAGAAAGAACAGGCUGGUGAUUCUCCCUAA